AUGUGACCCCACGGGACAUAUCCAUCAACAACACUUCCAAGUUCCACCAUUCCUACCCGUUUCCUUUGUGUGUCUGAGAUUGUGAGUGUUUUGCUUUGCUGUCUUCAGCUCCGCAUGGAGCUCUCAUCUUCUUCAACUUCACUUCGUGUUCCUCCCACAAUCCCCACAUGGAAAAAAUCCUCUUAUUGUGUCAAAGUCUCCACUAAGGCCACCACCACACACAAGCUUUCUCCUUUGUUCUUAGGAUUUUCCAAACACUUCCAUUCAAUUGUGCUAUACCAUGACCGAAGCUGCUCAAAUCCUGUUCCAAAGAGACACCAGAGACCUAGUUCCAUCAUGGCCUGCACUCAAGUUGGAGCUGCUGGAUCUGAUCGUCCAUUUGCAGAUAGAGUUUUAGAUUUGAAAGAUGCUUGCUGGAGAUUUUUAAGGCCACAUACUAUACGUGGUACAUCACUAGGCUCUGUUGCUUUGGUGGCAAGAGCAUUGAUUGAAAACUCAAAUAUGAUAAAGUGGUCUCUUUUGUUCAAAGCGUUUUCUGGUCUUUUUGCCCUGAUUUGUGGGAAUGGUUAUAUAGUUGGCAUCAAUCAAAUCUAUGACAUUAGCAUUGACAAGGUAAACAAACCUUAUUUACCUAUAGCUGCAGGAGAUCUUUCUGUCCAAUCUGCCUGGUUCUUGGUUAUAUUUUUUGCUGCAGCUGGCCUGUUGAUUGUGGCAUUGAACUUUGGGCCCUUUAUUUUUUCUCUUUACACACUUGGCCUUUUCCUUGGUACUAUCUAUUCUGUUCCUCCGUUUAGAAUGAAACGCUUUCCUGUUGCAGCAUUUCUUAUUAUUGCUACGGUACGGGGUUUCCUACUUAACUUUGGUGUGUACUAUGCCACUAGAGCUGCCCUUGGACUUUCAUUUGAGUGGAGCUCUCCUGUGGUUUUCAUCACUACCUUUGUAACAUUGUUUGCAUUGGUAAUUGCUAUAACGAAAGAUCUUCCAGAUGUUGAAGGAGAUCGCAAGUAUCAGAUAUCAACCUUUGCUACAAAAUUAGGAGUUCGUAACAUUGCUUUCCUUGGUUCUGGAAUUUUGCUGAUAAAUUAUAUUGUUUCCAUAUCGGCAGCAAUUUAUAUGCCACAGGCUUUUAGGCGUUGGUUACUGAUACCAGCUCAUAUGAUUUUUGCAUUAAGCUUGAUUUACCAGGCACGGAUAUUAGAACAAGCAAAUUAUACCAAGGAAGCAAUAUCAGGAUUCUAUCGGUUCAUAUGGAAUCUGUUCUAUGCAGAGUAUGCAAUAUUUCCUUUCAUCUAGCAAACUGACAUUUAUCUUGGAAAAGGUGCAAACAUGCACGGGUAGAGAGAUUUCUUAGUUGUAUCAAAUUUUAAACUAGUAAUAUUAUUGUAUUUUUUUAAAUUGAGUAUUGUUGUAUGUAAUGUAUGAUAGCAUUUCUUUGUAAUUAGAUGCAAUGCAAUGAGAACUGUAUUCUUAGGGUUCAAAUUUAAUAAGGACUGAAUGUUGUUGUACUUUUAAUUAGGGUUCAAC